AGUGAGUCGUGAAGGGAGGGACACAGACACGGCCAUGCACACCACAAGAGACUAGUUCUGAGCAUCCUUCUCGUUCAAGGUCCACUCUCCUUCCCAAACCACAACAAUCAGAGUAAGAUCUACUAACACAGUACUACAGGGCCAACUCGAACAAGGACAGGAAGUGACAUCAAUGGAGCAGAACGACAAGGACGCAUUGGAAGCCGAAAAACAGCAAAUGAAUGGUCAAACGGAAGAAGCACCUCAAGAGACAACGGCACCUGUAAAGCCGGUGAAUAAUUCAGACAAAAAUGAACAAGAAAUAAGUCAGAACAAUGCAGAAAAGAAUGAAGAAGAAGUAAGUAGAAAUAAUGAAGAGGAAAAUGCGAAGACAGAAGAAGAAGAAAUAGAGGAAGAGGAUGAUGAAUUGGUCGAUGAUUUCCAGCCUUCGGUUGAGAUGUCAAUCCGGCAGUUUGAGAAGGACGAAAACUACCGCCCUAUAAAAACUACAAGGUACAACACUGUCAGCUACAGGAAGAUUAAGAGAGGAAACACAAAGCAGAGAAUAGAUGAGUUUGAGUCCAUUCUGGAUGUAUAACAGUGAUGAAUGUCAUCAGAGACACACUGUACAUAAGAACUGAGUGGCGUCAUCAUGUAUGUUUUCAUGCGGUCCCUUCACAAGUAUGUGAUUGUUAAACUUCUUAAUAGUUAAAAGGCUUAACACAUGCUUACACGCAAUCACAUCAACAGUAUUUUGUGACAAUUUCACUUAAUUUCGGCCUGUAUCACAUUAUUUAGUAGUUGUAGAAAUCACAUCUCUCUGAUCACUUUUAAGUAACCCAUCAUCUGGCAGUGAGUGGGAAAAACAUUUAUUUCACUACAAAUGAGAUAUUUAAUUCACAAAUGAUUCUGAAUAAUGUGGGCCUGAUCUGUGUAAGUAGUUGUCAAAUCACUAUUAAUGAAUUACUGGAAGAGCUUACUGUUACAGGAAAGCAAACAGUAUAAAAAGGCAUUAUUGUAUUUCUGUUUAAAAAUUGAAUUCUAAUGUAAAUCCAAGUUUCUAAUGUGUUUAUGGUUUCAUGGCUUUGUAAAACAUGCUCACACAUGUUAAAAUACAGCAAUAGACAUAACAGUCAGCAGUUUAUUAGUUACAUAUUCAGAUUGGUGUAUGUAAUAUAUUGCAUAUAUGCAUACUGUGAUUAUAUCUUUGGACAAUUAGCCUAGUAGUUUUCAUAGUAUCUAUAAUAACAUAAUGUUACUCGAUAUCCGCCAUACUAACUGCAUUAAUGUAAUCUGUUGAAGUUAAGGCUUUCUUGUUCUCUGACUGUAUUUUUUAAUCUGUUGAGGACAAAUAAAAUCUGUGCAAUA